GCAUGCGGGGUGGGGCGGCCGUGAGCCGGAGGCGACGAUGGAAGGCUUAACGCUGAGCGAUGCGGAGCAGAAAUACUACUCGGAUCUCUUCUCCUACUGCGACAUCGAGAGCACCAAGAAGGUGGCGGCCAACGGGCGGGUGCUGGAGCUGCUCCGGGCCGCACAGCUGCCCAACGACGUGGUCCCCCAGGUUGUGGAUUCCUUUGAGAUUCUGGCACACACAUUGGACAUCUGCUUAGAAAACGUAGUUAAACAAAAUUUUGCAUACAAUUUGAGGUUGCCAGCCUUCCCCCAACCUAGUCAAGCUCAUCCCAUGGACUGCUACAAUAAGAACAUUUUAAGGAAGAGCAGGCGAAUUUGUGAAAUGCUGAAUGAACAUAAGUCUUUCUUAAAGAUUAUGGAGCUUUGUGGUGCAAAAAGACUUGGUUAUUUUGGAAGAAGUCAAUUCUAUAUUGCUUUGAAACUUGUAGCUGUUGCCCAGUCUGGUUUCCCUUUAAGAGUGGAAAGUAUUAAUACAGUAAAGGACCUUCCUCUGCCAAGAUUUGUUGCUUCAAAGAAUGAGCAAGAAUCUCGCCAUGCAUCCUCAUAUUCUUCAGAUUCUGAAAAUCAAGGGUCUUAUUCUGGUGUAAUUCCUCCACCACCUGGAAGGGGGCAAGUGAAAAAGGGAUCCGUAAGCCAUGACACUGUCCCGUCUCGUACAUCUGCAGAUCAACAGGAACCUGCAUCUCCAGUAGUUUCACCACAGCAGUCCCCACCAACUUCUCCGCACACAUGGAGAAAACACAACCGUCAUCCCAGUGGAGGAAAUGGUGAGAGGACUCUUGCAGGACCUGGGCCGUUUUGGUGUCCCUUUGGUGAAGCACAAUCAGGUUCUUCUGCUGGUGACACGGUGUGGUCAGGGCAUUCUCCACCUCCACCUCAAGAAAACUGGGUCAGUUUUGCAGAUACUCCACCAACCAGUACUCUUUUAACCAUGCAUCCUGCUUCUGUCCAGGACCAGACAACAGUACGAACUGUAGCGUCAGCUACAACUGCCAAUGAAAUUCGUAGGCAAUCCAGUAGCUAUGAUGAUCCCUGGAAAAUAACAGAUGAACAAAGACAGUAUUAUGUAAAUCAGUUUAAAACCAUUCAACCUGAUCUUAACGGAUUUAUUCCAGGAUCUGCAGCUAAAGAGUUUUUUACAAAAUCAAAGCUUCCUAUUCUUGAACUUUCUCAUAUUUGGGAACUCUCAGACUUUGAUAAAGAUGGAGCAUUGACACUGGAUGAGUUUUGUGCUGCUUUUCAUCUGGUAGUUGCUAGGAAGAAUGGCUAUGACUUACCAGAAAAACUUCCUGAAAGCUUAAUGCCCAAACUGAUUGAUUUGGAAGACUCAGCAGACGUUGGGGAUCAGACAGGCGAGGUAGGUUAUUCAGGCUCUCCUGCAGAAGCACCUCCAAGCAAGUCACCAUCAAUGCCGUCACUGAACCAGACUUGGCCAGAGAUGAAUCAGAGCAGUGAGCAGUGGGAGACAUUUAGUGAACGCUCUUCAAGCUCACAAACUCUGACCCAAUUUGAUUCUAACAUUGCACCAGCUGAUCCUGAUACUGCUAUUGUUCAUCCAGUUCCCAUUCGUAUGACUCCAAGCAAAAUCCACAUGCAGGAAAUGGAACUUAAAAGAACUGGCAGCGAUCAUACUAAUCCCACUAGCCCAUUACUUGUGAAAACAUCCGACCUUUCAGAAGAAAAUAAGAUAAAUUCAUCAGUGAAAUUUGCUUCUGGAAAUACUGUAGACGGUUACAGUAGCUCAGACUCCUUUACUUCAGACCCAGAGCAGAUCGGGAAUAAUGGAACUCGUCAAAGGUCUCAUUCAGGAACGUCCCCUGAUACCACUGCACCACCACCUCCCCCUCCAAGGCCACAGCCUUCUCAUUCUAGAUCAUCAUCUUUGGAUAUGAAUCGGACCUUUGCAGUCACCACAGGACAACAACAAGCUGGAGUUGUUGCCCAUCCUCCUGCAGUGCCUCCAAGACCACAGCCCUCACAGGCUGCUGGUCCCGCAGUGCAUCGCCCAGUGGAUGCUGAUGGCCUGAUAACUCACACUAGUACCUCACCUCAGCAGAUACCAGAACAACCAAAUUUUGCAGAUUUCAGCCAGUUUGAAGUAUUUGCUGCAUCAAACGUAAAUGAAGAACAAGAUGAGGAAGCUGAGAAACACCCAGAAGUCUUGCCGGUUGAAAAAGCUUCUGAUCCUGCAAGUACUCUUCGAGUUGCCAAAACAGAUAGUAAAAUUGAAGAAAAGACAGCUGCUAGUGCUCCCGCCAAUGUGAGCAAAGGUACAACCCCUCUUGCUCCACCACCCAAACCUGUUCGAAGAAGAUUAAAAUCAGAAGAUGAGUUAAGGCCAGAAGUUGAUGAACAUGCACAAAAGACAGGUGUCUUAGCUGGUGUUCUUGCAUCACAGCCUUCUAUUCCUAGGUCUGUUGGGAAAGAUAAGAAAGCUAUUCAGGCAUCAAUUAGGCGCAAUAAGGAAACCAACACAGUUUUGGCCAGAUUGAAUAGUGAAUUGCAGCAACAGUUAAAGGAUGUUCUUGAGGAGAGAAUUUCCCUGGAAGUUCAACUGGAACAACUUCGACCAUUCUCUCACCUAUAAGCCAAUUGCCGUUAACUGUGAACAUACCCAUUUUUAAGCAGUUUUGGGUUCAAGCCAAUUUGGAGACCCAUACAUUCAGCUCACUGCUUAAUUCAACAUUAAAUUUUAUGAUUGUUUUGCCCUAUAUGUUCACCACUGUAUUUAAGUAUCUUUUAUUUUUUAAUUUCAACAAUAAAAGGGUCAGGAUGACUUUUUCUGGAGGGUA